UCGUCCUGGCAUCGAAAGGAAAAGCGCCAAAAAUCAGCCUUGCCCUGAGCUUGCUUCUCCUGAGGCUUGGGGAGGAAGGGGACUACAGAGGGGCCGCCCUCGCGUUUCAUGUUCCGUCAGCCCGAGGGCAUUUUGGCUUUGAUUCCACCUUGCUCCUACCUGUUCCUGGAGAGUGACGGGGAGGAGAAGAGGCACCGGCCCACCAUGUCUCGUUACAGCCUCCAUAACCUCCUGGACUGGAUGUACGGGGGUGUGGACCCCAGCUUUGCUGGCAACGGAGGGCCGGAAUGCGCGGCCUUUCUCUCUGGGCAGCAGCGCUUUCUGGAGAGUUUGGUCUUCCUCAGCGUGGGCGUCGUGGAGAUCCUUCUGUCCCUGUGGAAGCUCCGGCAGCUGCAUUUCGGGGAGCUGGAGGGUCACCUGCUGCAGCAGCCCCAGACCAAGCAGGAGAGCUUGGGCAAGAACGUGCUGCUGGUGGUGCUCUGUCUCAUUUUCGGGCUGGAGGUGGGGUUCAAGUUUGCCACCAGGACUGUCAUUUACCUCCUGAAUCCCUGUCAUGUGGUCACUGUGAUGCAGAUUUUUCUUCUUGCCUGUCCUCCAUGUCGGAUUGCAAUGAUUCUCUUCAGGUUGCAGAUGCAUAUGCUGAAUGGGGCCCUCUUGGCAUUGCUGUUUCCUGUUGUUAAUACACGACUGCUUCCAUUUGAAAUGGAAAUUUAUUACAUCCAGCAUGUGAUGCUUUAUGUUGUGCCCAUCUAUCUGCUGCGGAAAGGAGGUAUCUACACUCCAGAACCACUCUGCAAUUUCUGGUGGGCUCUUUUAUCCACGGGGUUUAUGUUUGUAUAUCAUUUUAGCAUCUUGCAGAUUCUGGGAUUGGUUACAGAAGUGAAUUUGAACAACAUGUUGUGCCCAGCCGUCUCAGAUCCUUUUUAUGGGCCCUGGUAUCGAAUCUGGGCAUCUGGACAUCAGACUGUCAUGACCAUGACUCAUGGGAAGCUUGUAAUCCUACUGUUUUACAGUGCUGUCCCCAUCUUUAAAUGUAGCGUGGACUUGCUUAGACUCCCAGCUAAGAAAAUAGACUGAAAUUGCUCCCCACGGAGUAGUACAUACAGGAAGCAGAGAUACUUAUACUGGAAAACAAAGAGGAGGGAUGAGAGGACAAUGUGUUUAUACUUCUCCCCACAGUUUAUUGCCUCAAAAACACCUCUGUAAUCAAGUGAGGGUUUUUUAAACUGCUGUUUCUCACUGCCUAUUGCCAAUGGCAAAAUUAGUGGCCUUAUUCUGGAAAAGGUUCGUGUUUUAUACAUUUUGUGUAGAUUACAGGAGAAUCUUGCUAAGCCACCAUUUAAAAUCAGGCCAGGAUCUGUCCACAUUCCAGCGAAGAGAGUGGCGGUGCUACCUCGUUUCGGCUUAUUUUCCAUUAAAUAUAAGUACACUUAUGUCAUAGGAUAGGAAAUAAAACUGAGUUACAACACUGCACUGAUGUGAACGGAACACAUGUUGAAGUGCAUCAUCCUGGCUUAACUCUUAGCACUUGAAUGUUGCAAAAUGGUCACGGUGAAAUGAUGUACACUUAAUCUCCAGUCGUAAGUGCAGAACAGUGAGGUUCUACUGUAUUUUCUUUGAGCUGGUUGAAAAUGUUGGGGAACAAUAACUCAUUUAAAAAACAAAAAAAUUUUUUUAAUUGACUACUUAAUUUCUAAGGUGCUGUGGAUAAAUAUCUAUCUGGCUAAGUCCCAUCAGAUCAUGACGCUUUGGAAAUGCUUUUAUCUGAGUGAGUGGAAAAACACCAUGUUGAAAUCAUUUCAAAAGACCGUGUUACGUAUAAGCUAUGAUAAGAUAUUUCAUCCACUGCCCUGACCUGACUUUGAACAAAAUGGGUUUUUCACUUCACUUUGACUGGAGAGGGAGUGGAGAUACACAGUCCAAUGUAAACAUCAGUGUUCUCUUUUUUUUCCUUACUAGCUUUCGAAACAUUCCUCCUCUGUGUUCUGCACUGAUCCUCACUCAGGAGAGCGGUUAGUGAAGGAACAAAAUGAAACCAUGUUCUCUCUCUACAGCUCUAAUUCUGUAGACUGAUUUUAAAAUACAGAUAACGUCAAAUCAGUGCAGGCCUCUACUGAAAAGAAAGUGUUCCAGUUUACUGGUAUGACUAAAUCUUCCUGUCAACGUCUUUUGGAGAACAGGAUGUAGAUAGGCAGAAUAAUAAAUAGUAAACUGGGUGUACCUGUUCACAUUUUCCAAGGCUAGAGGAGAAACUGUUGGGCAGAACGAUGGGAAAUGUUGAGCGUGUUCCCCCAGACAGUUAACUCUGAGUCUGUUACGCAGACUGCUGUGUUUCAGGGCGGCAGGAAUUUUGUUGUACAAAAGUUUGUUGCAAUUUGUAGAUUCAUUGUGUUGUCAAAGCUGUGACUUGUAAGAUAAAACAAAACCAUCAUACCUCCUCCAGCUGGAUCACCUGAAGAUACAUCCUGAAGUUAAGGUACAGUCAUUUAUACCUCAAGAAGGAAAAGGAAGAAUGAGAAGUGGUUGACUUUUUUUUUUCCCCCCUUAAAAAAGAAAAAUUUUCAUUGGAGAGGGAACAAAUGGCUACUUCAAAUAUUUUUACUCCAUAUGAU